AUGAAAUUUUCAAUCACAUCAAUCGUUGGUUUUGCAGCCUUAUUCGUCCAAUCUUUGGCUGUCAAUGUCGCCUGUUUAGCAGGUGGCGUCCAAGUUGCCGUUGUCGAUUUAGACACUGGUAUCUGUCCAUUCCCAAUUCCAGCUAAUGACCCAGCUUUCUUCAAUUUCAUUUCUCGUGAAGACUACAACAUUGAAUUCUACUACACCAUCGUUCGUAACAUCAGAUACUUUACCGAUAUUGUUCAUGCUGGUCGUAUCGUCAACGUCCCAGCCAGAUUCUUAUUUGGUACUCCAGGUUCCGAUUUAUUCCAAGUUCACCUUGAAGAACAACCAGCUUCCAACUCUACUGCUGCUAUCAGAAAGAGAUUAUUCAAGGAUGCUCCAAUUGCUAAGAGAGACGAAGCUGAUGACUUCGCUGAAGAAAUUCAAAACACUGAGGGUGCUUUACUUGUCUCAGAUUACUUCCAAGUUGUCCCAAUUGCUGAAUCGUCCACUACUUCUGGUUCUCCUACUGGUACCGAAUCUACUACUACUGAAACUGAAGUCUCCACUACUGUUGUUACCGUCACUUCUUGUUCUGCUGGUACUUGUACCACCGCAACUGUUCCAGCUACUCCAAGUGUUGUUACUACUACUGUUCACGGUGUCACCACUGUCUACACUACCUUCUGUCCACUCACUACUGUCACUGAAGAAUCUACUACUGUUAUCACUAUCACUUCUUGUAGUGAAAACAUCUGUGUUCCAACCACUGUUCCAGCUAAGGAAACCGUUGUUACUACCACCGUCAACGAAGUUGUCACUGUUUACACCACUUUCUGCCCACUUUCUUCUGUCGAAACUGUUGAAUCUACCAAGACCAUCACUAUUACUUCUUGUUCCAACAAUGCUUGCUCCACCGCUACCGUUCCUGCUACUCCACAACUUACCACUGAAACUAUUGAAGGUACCGUAACUGAAUUUAUCACUUACUGUCCUCUCACUACCGGUGGUGUUCCAGAAGCUACUACUCCAGGUCAAGGUCCACAAGGUGAAGCAACCACCACCCUCACCUCUAUUGUUGGUACUGCUACUGUCACUUCUAAGGGACCAGUUAGUCCACCAUAUGGUUCUACCACAUCUUCUCCAGCAGUCGGUCAAACCACUUCCGUUGUUGCUCCAGCUGGUCAAUCUGCUGCCCCGGGUGUUAUCUCCACUUUCGAAGCUGGUGCUGCUACUGUUGGUGCUACCUUCUUAGCCUUGGCCUUAGUUCCAUUAGCUUACUUCAUCUAA